AUGCAGGUGAAAUCCGAAGACACAGAUAACGGUUCAAAGGCGAUGGCUGCGGGUAUAUGGGGAGACUUGAUACUUGGAAUAGGCUCUAACGGACACGAACGGAUGAGAAGUCCGAAUGAGUCUCCCCAAGUGGCCAUUAAACAUGUAGUGGCCGGAACAGGCUCUGAAUGUCGGGCAAAUGUGCUUAUCGCCGCUGAAUUUGAAGCGCAAGCUCCAUGA